UCGGAGCGCCUACAGCGGCAUCAGUUCAAGCGCACACUUCCAAAGAUUGAGAUUCAGAGGAUGCACUACUUCAUUUGGACAACAAUUGUGGCCCUGCUGGCCCUCGCAUCGGCGGCCAACGUUGCCCGUCUCCGGUCCGAAGAUGAUCAGACCAGAACGGAGCCCAGGGCCAACAGCCAACAGCGCCGCUACCAGCAGCAGGACACGGCACGCGCCUUCUACUCGUACGGCUACAGCGACGACACGGCCGCCCGGGCAGAGUACUCCUCCCGCGAUGGCUCCUCCAGGGGCUUCUACUCCUAUUUGGACGCCGAUGGCAAGCUCCAGACGGUCCGCUACGAGGCCAGUCGUGGCCAGGGCUUCAGGGCGGAGGGCAGCAACCUGCCACAGGCCCCGGUGGAUGAGGGAAAACCGCCCCUGCCCGUCGCCGACACGGUGGAGGUGCAGCAGGCGCGUUCCGCCCAUCUGAAUGCGUUGCGGGAGGCGCGAGAGGAGGCUUUGGCGGCCAGUCUGCGCGAGGAGUCCGAGAGGAGGCAGCAGGACAGCAGGACCAGGGCUUCAUUGGCAAAUGAAGCCGAGGAGCGGAGCCUCAGCAAUGAGGAUGCCGACAUUCUGGAGCGGGUGAGGGCACAGCUGACGGCCAUGCUGGCGGAUCGGCAGCGAUCCAACAAUCUGCCGAAGAUCAACGAGGAGCAGGAAGAACAGCUCCAAAGGCAGGAGCAACGGCAGGAGAAUCAGGACAAGCGACAGGACGAACAGCGGCCAGCAGAAGAGGAUCAAAGGCAGGGGGGCGAUCGAGAGACUGAUCGAGGGGAUCAGGCCCGCCUGCGCACGAUCUACUCCCUGGGUGAUCUCACCUCCAGUAGCUACCUGAAGCUGGGCGAUCCCCAGGAGCGCUUGAACGGCGGCGAUCUCCGGGUGCCGGUGGGCGCCUACUACACCCUCCUCUCGCCCAGCGCCAAGUACAGCGUGACCACGCCCACGGAGCUUCGAACCCUGCGUCCCGUGGCCCUCAGUCGCAGUUUGCUGGUGAGCAAACGGAACUGAUGGCAGGCUGAAUGAUCAAUGAUCAAGGAUGAGCUGCUGGCUCCUACGAAUAAAUGCAAGACAGAGCACCACUGUGCCGAA